AUGGUUAAGCUGGUGUCAAAGACAUUUGUGUGGCCGGGUAUGGACAGAGAUUGUCGUCAGUGGACUACAGCUUGCUUGUGCCGAGAGGCCCGCAUCUCGUGGUCGUGCGUAGGGGAGUUCCCAGAUGUCAGCUCAUGUUGUGCUCACGUUCACCCAGAUGUGGUAGGACCAAUGGCUCCCUCAAACGGCCAUGGCUAUUUAAUGACAAUGAUCGACAGGUAUACACGUUGGCCGGAAGCAGUACCUAUGGACAACAUUUUGGUAGAAAUGCUGGCAGCAGCAUUCACAUCAAAAUGGCUCGCCAGAUUUGGUUGCCCUCUCCGUAUAACAACCAACGGGGGGAGGCAGUUCGAGUCUGAAUUGUUCAUGCAGACAGCCAAGUUCUGUGGAUACUCACACCACAAGACCACUGCCUGCCACCUGGAUAGUAAUGGCAUGCUCGAAAGAUUGCAUCACACUUUGAAGUCAGCAUUGAUGUGCCAUUGGACCACAUGGACUUCAGCACUCUCCUAA